AUGGAAAUUGGAGGACAAGCCCCGAUGGCCUUGGCCGUCAUGUGGGCUUUUACAGUCAUGACUUGGAUCUUUGUUGUUCUUCGUCUUUACACGCGAGCGUUUGUUAUGAAGCAAAUCGGCGCGGAUGACCACGCUUACUGGCUGAGCGGCAUCUUGAUUUUGCUCUAUACCGUCUUUGUCCACAUUUCGGCCAACUAUGGCUUCGGCCAGACGAUGCCCGGCCUGGAUGCCGGCAACGAAGCCUUUGACAAUGCUGCCAUGGCCAUCAAGUACGAGAUGAUUGGCCAGACGUUCGCAGUCAUUGGCAUGGGUGUGGCCAAGACAUCUCUUGGUUUAUUCUUGCUGCGCAUUGUCGUUGAGCUGUGGCACCGGAUUGCCAUCUGGGUCGCCAUGGUGUCGCUCAUGCUCGUGUCUGUCAUUACCGCCAUUGUCUUUUGGGUUCAAUGCAUCCCGGCCGAGAAGAUCUAUGAUCGCAUGCGAGUUGAGGGCGUGUGUCAAAUUGACGUGACGCCAUUCGCUAUCCUUCUUGGAGUAUGGUGUGCUGUCGUCGACUUUUUCUUCGCUAUUUUCCCUUGGAUCUUCAUCUGGGGCUUGAACAUGAAGUACAGGGAGAAGAUCACAAUCGCUGCCAGUAUGAGCUUCGGUGUAGUCGCUGGAGUCUGUGGCAUUGUCCGCACCUACGAAGUUGCAACCGGCUUUACAGCCAAUUACACACUCGACACCGUCCCCUUGAUCAUCUGGUCCGCCGCCGAAAUGGCCGUCACCCUCAUGUGCAUCGGCAUUCCCAUCCUCCGCCCCCUGUGGCGCCGAACAUUCCACGGCUCCAAGUACUCCUCCGAACGAUCCUACAAGAAGCAAGGCGAAGGCAGCGAUGGCCCAAGCUACAACCUUGGCAGCUUGCCUCGCAGUCACGAAGCGAGCGAGUCGAACAGAGGGUUCCCCAACGCGGACCCAAAGUUGGGCAUCCGCGGACCUAGCACCAUCACUCGUAUCGCGGGCGAUAAUCAGAGUGAUGAGUCUAUACUGGGGCCCGAGUAUCGCACUGGCCCAGGAGGGGAUGGAGGCAUCUGUGUCAAGCAGGAUGUUAAGGUAGAUUGGACAAAAGGCAAUCCGGUUUAG